CAUUUAUCAGCUCGAGAUCUGCUCCUCUCCUGCAUGCGGCGUACCACCUUGGUCUUGGCUUUUUCAGCCUUGCAUCUCGUCUAGCAGCUGUCCAAUCGCGCUUUUGCUUUUCCCAGCCUUGUCGUCGUUCUCGCCCCCCGAACCGCUCAGGUGAACCAAUGAAAGGACGACAUCUGCAGCUGUUCGUAAUGCCGUGAACGCCAUGCAGGAUUGCUGAUGCAGUUUGGUCGAACAGGUUGCUUUCUAGGAUAGCAGCUUCGGUCAAAUCCGAAUUGGAUUUGGGACUCCGCGCCGGACCUGAAACCUAUUUAUUGCGCCUUGAGACUCGAUCAGGGAGCGAGGAUAGUUACUGUGCGGCGCGAAGUGAUGGCUUCUACUCAUGGACACUCCCACCAGAAUGGCGCUGAUGGGCGCAAUGCAUGCUGUGAGCCACAAGCCAAGAAGAACCAGCAACAUGUAGGGAACCACAAGCCAUACACUUAUGCCAAAAUUGCGCGAAAGCGCGGCGCUAUUCGUAUACUCAAGCUCUAUCCAAGCAAUCCACAAAACCCCGACGUCGAAUGCGAGUUGAUCGAGAGUGGCACAGAUGGUAUUGAGAAGUAUGAGGCUUUAUCGUGGUGCUGGGGAAAGGAGCAAAAGGAGAACUUCAUCAACAUCAGGCAAAAGAACAAGAUAUAUGUGAAGAAGGUCCAGCCCAACCUAUUUGAGGCUCUGAAAGCACUUCGGUACCGGACUAAGGACCGUUAUCUAUGGGUGGAUGCCGUGUGCAUCGAUCAAGAAAAUCUUGAAGAAAAGAAUCACCAGGUGGAAAUGAUGUUUGAGAUAUAUGGGAAAGCGAGCAAGGUUUGCAUCUGGCUUGGGACGGCAAAUGACUCAAGUUGCCUUGCUCUACGGUUCAUUGAGAACGAAGUGUUGCACUUGAAAGAUUUUGACAGGCUAUGCGAACAGCGCGACGCAAGCGAAAAAUGGGAGGCACUGUUAGAAUUAAUGCAACGACCUUGGUUCUCUCGGAGAUGGGUUGUACAGGAAAUUGCCUUGGCACAAGAGGCGACUGUAUAUUGCGGAGAGCAUUCUAUUGGAUGGAGAGAUUUCGCCGUCGCUGUGGAGCUCUUUGUUGAGGUCGAAACAGCUACCCAUCGGUUGUCUGAGGUGAUGAGAAAGGACUCGAGAGAUAAACACGUUCCUGGAUUGUUCGAGUAUGUGUCCGCUCUGGGCGCCAGCCUGCUCGUUGAUGCGACAGAUCGUCUCUUCCGAGAUUUCAAGCAAGAGCACCAGAUCAGUGAAGAGAAGGAUAAGCAUGAGGAUGAGGAUGUUGACUCCGACUCUGAUAACGAUGAAGACGUGGCCAACUUAACACCGAAUGGCAGUGAAAAUAAGCCAGAAAAGUCCACUGUGGUAGCCAAAAAUCAGAUGCGACCACUUCUCAGCCUCGAAUACCUGGUCUCCAGCCUUACGAUCUUUGAUACCACGAUGCCACAUGACACAAUUUAUGCGCUUCUUGCCAUCGCAAAAGACACCACUCCACAAGCCGCGAGCCGACAUACCGAUGAUCAUAGAUCUACCGACUAUGUCCGCCAAGGUCUUGAAGUUUUCACCCAACGUAAACGAUACAACGUAAAUUAUGAUCUGCCUUACGUGGAUGUUUGCAGAGAAUUCAUCGAGUUCGCUAUUGCAAGAUCCAUGCAAGUCGACCCAAGCCGAGCUUUGGACGUCAUAUGCCGACCAUGGGCCACGAACCAAAAGAUGCUCAAUGCGACGAAGGUACAGCAAGAAAAGGAGCACCAACGGAAGAUUAGUGACAUGAAGAAAGAGCGAGUCGAAAGUCAGCGGCGUCCAAUUCAUCGAGGCUCUUCCUUCGGCAGUCGACGUGAUAGCGCUCAACCUCAAGAUCAGGGCGAGGAAUCAAAGAAAUUGCAGGGUGAGAUUGAGAGCUACGAGGCGAAGAAAAAAGAAGACAUGGAAUUGCCUUCUUGGGUUCCACAGCUCAGUGGAGCUCCAUUUGGCAUGUACCAACAAGCUGGCAUCACGGGUCUUAAAAUGAGCCGGAAGAAUGCAGACCCUCUUGUCGGCCUCCCCAGUACCACACACAAGAUCUACGCGGCCGCAGAAACCAAAAAGGUUGACACGAAGACGCUAAAGUUCCGCAAAAGAUCUGACCCAGAACUCAACCAUUACAGCAUGUACGUCAGAGGUUUUGAGCUUGACAGCAUCGAACGAGUGGAGCAGGCUUCGCUGAACGGCCAGAUUCCAAGAGAAUGGGCAGAACUUGCUGGCUGGGAGGAUGCUAAGGGGAAACCGCCAGAAGCUUUCUGGAGAACACUCGUUGCUGACCGCGGAAAAGACGGAAAGAAUCCACCGGUAUACUACUCAAAGGCUUGUGCGGAGUCUUUCAACAAAGGAGGAUACCAGAGCGGGGCGGUGAACACUGCUGACUUGAUUUACUGGGAGCGAAACUCGGUGGUCUCCCAAUUUUGCCGCCGAGUCCAAGCAGUCAUCUGGAAUCGCGCUCUUGUCAAGACCAGGAAGGGGCGUUUUGGCCUCGUGGAUAAAGACGUAAAAGAGGGCGAUCUAGUGUGCAUUUUCUAUGGCCUGAGUGUUCCAGUGGUACUUCGAAAAAGCUCCAUGAAAGAGCCAAGCGUGUAUCAAAAAGAACUUGAGUGGGAGGCCAACUUUCUCGUUAAUAUGGUAUACAGCUGCUGGAAAGAUGUCAAGGCGCGUAGGCACCAGCAUGAGCUACGUAAACGUGCUGAGAUGGCAACUCUCAUCCGUCAAUGGCUGAAAAAGUCGAAAUGGUUUCGCAACAACAUCCUAACACUUCAAGGCCCGGUCGAUCCCGAAUCAGAUCAAGACUUGAUCAGAGAUGCACUUAAAGCAUUCGAUGAUUUCAGAGUGGAAAACAGAAAAAAGGCUUGGCCUCCUAUCGCAACUCGAUUGGAGAAAGAGAGACGUGCUACGCUAGCAAGAAAACAGGGUUCUGCUGAAAGCUCGAAGGUGAAUGGCCACAGCAAGGAGGUUGAGACAACCCAGCCAAGCAGAGCAUCGACUGGAAUAUCAACAGGAAGACCGGCACAAUCUACUUCAGCGAAGGAGGAGGACUACGGCUUUGUCCACGAGACAUUGAAAGACGGCACCAACACCCGGAAGCGCCUAGUGGACUGGUGGGAAUUCGAGUACCAGCUGAAAGCUUUCCGCCGGUGGAAAGAGAUUAUCAAAGAGAGGAAAGAACGCAGAGUGGAAGAGUGGAGGGAUAUUAUGAACAUGGUAGAGCAGAUGAAGAAAAAGAAUGACUUUGAGCGGUUCUGCGUGUGGAGACAGAGAAACGGGUGGCAUGAAUAUACUGAUAACGAGAAAUGUUUUACUGACGAUGAGCAGAGCUACGCCAUAGACUACCAAAAGCAAACACAAGCUGGUUCUCUGGGAUCGUCUCGUGUGUCUUAUACCAUCCAAAAGGAUUCGCAGACCAGAUACAUGCAAACGGUCGUUACCGUCGAACUGCUGGAAAAGAUGCUCGCUCAGAAGAAGCUUGAACAGGCGCAUUUAUAUCAGGAGGGCAACGGCGACAUUUCAGGCCCCAGCUAUGCGGGGACUGCUGGUCUCCACGAUACAGGAGAUGGGCAUACCAUAUCUGGAGCUCAAGAAUUAUUCGACUCCGACGACGCCAUGGCCAGCUCCGUAGCUACACUUUUGCCGAGUAGAGUCGACACAUCAGCGGCAACUUUCGAGACAAAUCCAAGACUCCCAGUCCGACCAAGCUGGAUCAAGCCACCGCAACGGGAAGCAAUGCAAAAGGCCAGAGAGAAGUCAAAGGAGAGAGACAGAAAUCACAACGAGAUCAAAAAGCUCCAAAAAAGGGUUAAGACUACCUUCUUCAGUCAAGAAGAGCCUAAGAAGAAGGAGCGAACGCCAGAAGAUAUCAGGAACCAAGAAAAAGCUAUGCAAGAUCUCAAGGAAGCGCUAAAAGAGCGGUAUGGUGACGAUGGAUGGUACUCUUACAAGAUGUUGGGGGAGUGUUAUAUACAUGGCAUGAUGGACGGCGAGGCCAUGCUGCUUCAGAAUGAGGGCGACCCCACAGAUAAGGAGCAUACUGGCCAUAUUCCUUCCGUGGUGUUUGAGAUUCGCUGAGUAUUAAGGUGUGCGUUCAGCUGCAAUAUCUUCUCUUAUCAUUGGCGUUAUACCAGGAAUGACCAACAUUUGAUACC